UGGCGCUCUUUAUUUUGACACCGGCAGCCAUGUCAUUGCUAUCACACAAAUCUUGACUCGAAAACCGCAAGUAUGAACCAUAUAAAUAUCAUGUUCCACUCGUUUUUUUGCAGUAAACUUUGAUGUGAGGCAUUCUUGAGAGUGAGUAGAAAUGUCAAAGAAACAAACGCCGACUUCGCGUGAUCCUAAAUUCUAUUUAGUGAGUGUCUUUACCGCUGCUCGGGAUGGGAAGUUGUGCCGCAUCAAAAAAUGGUUUCAGAACUUCAACAAGGAAGAGAUCAAAUGGAUUGUGUCACAAAUUGUGGACAGCACGACACCGCUUAUUGUUGCUUGCAGACACGGUCACAUAGAUGUGGUAACAUAUUUCAUUGAACAAUGUAAGGCAGAUGUAGAACAAGUUGGUUCUGUAACGUUUGAUGGAGAAACAAUUGACGGGGCACCGCCACUCUGGUGCGCCGCUGCCGCAGGCCAUUAUCAAACUGUUUCAACACUCGUCAAACAUGGUGCCAAAGUAAAUCACACCACCUUCUCAAACUCAACCCCUCUUCGUGCGGCUUGCUUUGAUGGUCAUUAUGACAUUGUCAAAUAUCUUAUACAACAUGGAGCAGAUAUCGAGUUGGCCAACAGACACGGACACACUUGUCUAAUGAUUUCCUGUUACAAGGGACACUACAAAAUUGCUGAGUAUUUGCUUCAUCUAGGCGCAGAUGUUAAUAGAAAGAGUGUGAGAGGAAACACAGCAUUGCAUGACUGUGCAGAAUCAGGAAGUCUGGAUAUCAUGCGACUCUUGUUAAAGCACAGGGCGAAGAUGGACACUGAUGCAUACGGGAUUACACCGAUCAAAGCCGCCGCAGUGGCAGGCCACGUGAACAUUGUCGACUACCUCGCUGCAGAAGACCUACCAAGGACAGAAAAGGUUGAUGCUCUUGAGCUUGUAGGAGCAACAUUUGUGGACAAGAAAAGGGAUAUGCAUCAAGCGAUUGGUUUCUGGGAACGUGCAAUGGAGCUGCGUUACACUUAUAAAGUUCAUUUGGUUCAUAAACACAAAUGUGCAAAACCAGUUGCCGCAUACGAGUACACCGUGGAGGCUCAAAACAGGCAGGACCUUGAGAAUAUGGUUGGAGAUCCAGAUGAAAUGCGGAUGCAAGCUUUACUGAUACGAGAGAGAAUCCUCGGACCAGCACAUCCUGACACGACCUACUACAUCCGAUACCGUGGUGCAGUGUACGCAGAUUCAGGCAACUUUGAAAGGUGUAUUAUGCUAUGGAUGUAUGCGCUAGAAAUGCAACAGGAGGCAUUGGAACCUCUGAAUCCUAUGACGCAAAGCAGUUUAUUGUCGUUUGCAGAACUCUUUGCAUAUAUGUUAUCAGAAAGAAACAGUGAACGCGUGUACCAGCUUGUCCCCUUCAGUGAUGUCGCAGUCGUAUACAUGAAAGGAAUCACCGAGAUGAAGCGUGGUGCUGAACAACUUCCUCUUGGUCCACAACCAGAAAAGGAGACCACAAACUUCAAUCGUACCCUCCUUAUUCUCAUGCACCUCAUGUGUCUUAUAGCAAAGCGAGAAGGCGCGACACCUCAACAGUUGGAAGAGGUCAAGCGGUCAACGUACCAACUUGUGAAACUUCGACUGCGUGGCAGCAAGGGAUUCACUGUCCUGCAUCUUGCCGUUGACAAGGCCACCUCAUCCGUUGGGCGUUACCCCGUCUGUACUUUUCCGGACAAGAGAGUUGUGCAGUUCUUGCUGGAAUGCGGUGCCGACCCUAAUGUGUUAGACAUCAGCGGCAACUCGCCUCUUCACAUUGCUGCCACAAACACUGUUGCUCCAGGUUCUUCAACCAUCACAACAAAUGGUAGCAAGAUGGACAACAAUGAGAUCAUGAAGUUGCUCCUUGAUCAUGGGGCACAUUGUGAUUUCCGAAACUUGGAGGGUCAGACCCCACUGGACUUGCUGAAAGUUUCUUGUGAUCUUGCACCCAUCAACUACACCAAGCUGCAGUGUUUAGCUGCAAGGUGCAUUGUUCAGAACAAGAUUCCCUUCUCUGGAAAUAUACCAAGAGCUCUUGAAGGGUUUGUUUCUAUGCAUUGAAUUAAAUGUUCAGUAUUGUUGAUAUGUUUUAUAUCGGAAUAUAUUCUGCAAUUCAGUGUGGGUUCACAAGCAAUUAGUUUGCUAAAAUUAGUUCAGGAAAUAUAUUAUUUUUAAUGUGCAGAGCUGCAUACACAUGUAUGUUCUUAUGAAGAACAUGCAUCACAAUAAUACAAACUUCAUUUAUUUUGUUCUUUGUUUUUUCUCUUUUAGUUCAGAUUUUAUGCAAAUUUUAAUUCAGAUGUCUAUUGUCUACUUUUUUUAAUAAUGCUGCACGAUGGCCAUGAUGAACUGUUGCUGUACAUUAUUUUAAUGUCAUCUAAUGUAACAUGCAAUUAUGCAUUCAAGUACUCAAGUAUAACAAAUGUUUCACUUGAACGAAAAAUCAAUUGAAACAUAUAUUUGAGAGUGAUUUACAGAAUAUUUGGCUUGUUACUAAACUGGUGUCAAAACUACAGGGUACAGGCCUAUAUGCUUUUCUUUACAAGUGUAUUCUUGAAGUACUCAAACUAAAGAUUUUGUUAAAUUUAUACACAUUUUUUGUUUACAAGUAUGAGCACAUUGACUUUUAAGUCCACUUUUUCUCACAUGGUAAACUUAUUUGAAAAAAAAAAUCCCUUCACACAAGCACUGUAUUCUAUACAAUUCACACGGUCCACUAUCUGCAUAUUUUUUCCAUUUUCUACAGGGGAGUGUGUCAUAGAUCAAAUACAUUUCUGAAGUAUCUUAUUGUCAUGGAUUGAUAAUGUUCUGAGCCAAUCAGAUGCAGGGAUUAAGUAGUUGACCAGUUUUCACUGGCUACAUGUAGCUAUUUCAUUGAAAAGCUCCCCUUCAGAACCUGUUUAUAUUAAAUUAUUAACACUCGGGUGAGUUGCAGUCAGUCAAAAUGAAGUCAUACUGUUCAAUUCACAUUUCUUACGACUCGAUGCAGAUACAUACAAUUUGUACAUGUUAAACAACUUUGAGACUCGAGGGCUAGAAGAAAAAAAACCACACUAUUUGAGCAUUAGUUCCAUUGUGCAUUGAAAUCCAUUUCAUGUUGAACUGUAAAUAGACUUCAGUUCAGCAAUGAAUAUGGGAACUCUUAAAAGGACUUAAGACCCAAAUUUAUAAGCAACUUGUUUCCUGUAUUCAUACUGUACGCUUAGUUGUACAGUACACUAGUUGAGUUGAAUUGUAAGUACUCAUACUUGGGAAAAGACUCAUUGAGAGCAUAUACAUGUAAGGUCACCCAGGCCUAGCCUAGGGGAUUUUCCAUGAGUAUUGAGCAAUGUUACAAAUGCACAUGUAUGUGUAUGUUCAUCUCUGAUUUACAGUCAGUAUAAUACUAAAUGCAAAUUUUAUUGUUGUUUUUGAAGGACAGUUAUAAAUUAACUUUGGUUUCCAUUAUCAAUCUCAAUACAUGAACAUUUGUCAGUGUAGAAUUACAUGUACACUCAAUUAAAUAACGAGCAGAUUUUACUGUUUUUGCUGGAGAGUGAAAUCUUACUUUAUGGCUUCCUCAAGUACCGGUACAUACACACAUGAGCUUCUAGCUUCUGGAAGUGUGAUUCAGCUUCAAAGAUGUUGACAAAAAUUUGUUACAGGUUAUUCCAUGUACAUGUACAUAUAAACUACCUUGUGCAUCCAGAUUCUGUUAAAACUUCUUUUUUUAUAUUAUUUAUAGUUUUUCAAAGCACCAAAUCUGUAUUGACCAUCUUCAAGUACAGUCUUUGUAUUCUCGCACAACGGGUGCCCUCUUGAUCAAAUUUAACCUCAUUUUAUAGAAUAUUCAUCACAGAAACCAUAUAGGGACUACUCCAUAGCAAAUCUUGAACUCAAUGAUACCAUGGACUUGUAAGUCCAUGACGAUACAGAUAGGGUUUUAUGAAGUACUAAAGUGUGACAAGUCUGAUUGGUCACCAUUCGCUUUGCAAUUACUACAUCAAAAUGUAUGAUACAUGUACUGCUGUACACAAUCACAUACUGUAAUUGGCUUCAGUGUGUAUGUCAAGAGGUUUAUUUUGCGGAAUGGUCAUUUACAUGUAUGCUAUGUGUUUCAGGUUGGGGAGCUGACCCCAAAGUGGGGGCUGAUGAACAUGCCCAUAUAGUCCCAAUAAGAAGAUCAUUUUCAAUUCAUGUUUACUGAAAAGAGUUGGAGGGGGGGGGGUGGUCUGGGAAUGUGCAGGUGGUGUAAGCCCCCUCAGCUCACAGGGGCUGUCGCAUAGAUACAUCGUAAAUUUAGCCAGCAUAUGCCAAAAUACAUGGCGGGCUGUUAUCAUUUAAUCCUAUUUCUCAAUUCAUAUAAGGAAUUAUUUUGUGUUAAACAAUUUUUAUGUUAAGACAUCAUUCAUAUUAUUUUUGUAUUAAGAUUUGUAAUUAAAAAAAAGAUUAAAUGGUAAGAUAGCUUACUAUACAACAUACAUGUAUGUGUACAUCAGCAUGUGCUAGCUAAAUUGUUCCAGGUAUGAUAAACUCCUCAAUUUUGUUGUUACCAUAGCAAAGAAUGUUUAUUGUGCAACAGUAAUUGCAGUGCACGGAUUCACAGAAAUACAGAAAUUGAAAGACCUACUUCAAUUAUGUAACCUUGGAAAAUGUCCUACAUGUAUAUGUGUCAAGACAGUGGGUGACAUGUUACCCUUCCCACGUAUAUUACAGUGUAGUUGAUAUUGUUCUUGGAAAUGAGUAGAUGCGCCCAACUAUGUGUAUGAACUUGUAAAGGAAGUAUUAGUUACAGUUUGGAAAGAAUAGAAUAAAAUAUCAUUGGCUCUGGUUCCAAGAGGAUAUUAGCCUCUACUAGAUUAAUUUCCUUUAAACCCUAACACAAAUUGAUUGCCUAGACGCUGGUGGUUUGCGCAUUGAUCUUUAAAGUGUGCCAAAAUUUGGCUCCAAAAAUACUCAUUCAAGAGUAGGCCUUGCUGAGUGUGAAAAGGUAUCAGAAAAUGUUCAUGGAUGAUGGAAUGUAGAUUGUAGGAGUGAAGGUGAGGGUAUUUUUUAUCAAACCUAAAAAUCGGCAUCUUCUCGCUCCAGAGUGAACCAUUGGUUUGGUACUUUCCUUCCGACAGAACCCAACAGCCUCGACCAAUGCUCAAUUAUGUAAAACCACUAGCUCUUAAUCAUUUCACAAUCAAUUUAUAACGAGAGAGCUUCGUACCUAGCCUAACCCCGUUUCCUGUUAUAGAUACCAAGUGCUGCUUAACUAGAGAGCCACAAAGUUUUUUUCAAUCUCUUAUGCAGCGUGGAUCCUGCGGUGAGGGUCUUAAUAAGCGGGCUUUAGUCAGAUUACUUGAUGACUUGAGUCACUCAAAUUGGCAUUUGCCUUGUCAGUCAUAAAUCAAGAUUCAUUUUCAACAAGAUCUAUCACAUUUUGUUUUUCUUGUGUAUGAAAAGGUUUCCUUCAUUAAUGAAUUUCAUAUUUCAGAAGAAUGGGUUUCCCUAGAAAGCACGGGAGACUUACAUACAUGUACAUGUAUCUAUUGCACAUUUACAUGUACAUGUAUGUACAAACUUAGGUGUUAAAUUUUGUUAUUAAAAAUAUCUGGUUUGGUUGGUUAGAAAUUUAGUACUUGGAGGAGAAAUUGAGAGUUCUUGCAUAGAUUGUUUCAUCCAUAACAGAACAUGUACAGCUGCACAAGACCUAACUGCAAGUACAGGUACAGGCAACUAGGUUUUAUGGUCCGUAUCUGUUGUGUUGGCAACUUGGCAGUCAUCAAUAUUAGAUAAAUUUGUUUGCCCUUUUAAUUAUUAAUUUUUAAAAGGAUUUUAAGUAUGCUUUUCUUGCAUGAUUAGUUUAAAUUCUUAAAUUUUAUGAAUUAAUGGUUGAUGCAUGCAUACCUAAUUAUUAAAAUAUGUCUACUUCUAGGGGUAGUUUUCAUUAAAGCUCUUUUGUAUUAAGUUAGGCAUGAGUUGUUUUUUAUAAGACUGGUACCAGUUAAAUAAUGUUUAUUCCCAUCAGCUUUAGAUGAAAUCUGGGGCCUGUUACAUCAAUAUUGUUAUGAUAACAAAUUUGCAAUAUUGAUCAAAGCUACUGAAAUCUUUAAAUUUAAUUGCUUGAUAGUAAACUAUCAAUGAAAAUUGUGCAUUUGUUAUUGAUAACUAGUUUUUGUGAAACAGACCCUGAUCUUUGUACAUCUAAUGUACAUUGUAAUUUUUGUCGUGAACAAGAAUCUGAAGGUAAAGAAAGUAUUGAAUUUGUUCAAAUUUGAUUAGAGUUCUACAUGUACAUGUACUAUUAGGAAAUUCGCUUCCACUAACAAAUUUUAGGCAUUUUAUUAUGAGAAGGUCAACAGUCGUUUGUGAAGUCCCGGGCCCUGUCUUACAAAGAGUUGCGUUUGAUCCAAUCAAUCACAACUAUGGACGGCCAGCAAGGUCGACAUCUAACAUGCAAAUUUGUUCAAAAUAUUUCCUAGAUAUGUAUAUUCAUACAUUCAUUGUUCUCUUGAAGACUCGGUGUGAUUUUUAAGGAAAUUGUGCAAAUUUCCUGUAGAAAAAAAUUAUGGUAUGGAUGGAUUUCCAUACAGUUGAGAUUGAUUGGAUCAAUCGUAACUCUUUGUAAGAUGGGGCCCUGCUUUCUGAAACACGACAUUAUGUUUUACUUUUAUUGUUGUUUAUAUAUUAUAUAAGUACAUGUUUCUCUCUUUUUUUCAUGAUUAUUAAAGGAAUGCCUGCCUCAGAAUCUGUCAGGAAACUGGUACUAUUUAAUGUUAUUUGUAAUCUAGUUCUUACAUCUUAUAUAAAUUAGAAUGUUGGCCCUGUAUACAGUUCCAAUGGUUAGGUACUGAGCCAUGUUAUAUUACUGUAUUGCACAUGUAAGCCAAGGAGAAUGAAAUGGCAGUUGAUGUUGCAAAAUGUAUGACUUGACCACUGUUACGAUAAUAGAUGUAUAUGUAUAUAAUAUACAUGUAAAUGCCUCUUAAGAUUUAUGCAACAAUGAGAGAAGAGUAGAGAUUGCAAUAUUGUUGGCAACUAUUAUUAAAGAUUGGGAGUGUUCACUCAUCCCUUCUCUAAGAAAGGAAA